CGACGUAAUAACAAGAAAAAAUACAGUGAGAGAAAGCGAAGCAUUUUAAGUUAUCAUUGCCCAUUCACAGAGUGAACGGAAAAACAAUUAAAUUCUUCGUGAUUAAUAAGAGUCCUAUUAAAGCCAAAAAUGGCAUUAUUUCGCAAUCCAUCAUUGUUUCUUCUGAAGCGUACUCAAAGCGUUCCCGUCGCACUCUACCACGCAAAUGUGCUUGAACAUUACGAGAAUCCACGCAACGUUGGAUCCCUUGACAAAAAGGAUGCAUCUGUAGGAACUGGACUAGUCGGCGCUCCCGCAUGCGGUGACGUGAUGAAAUUACAGAUCAAAGUGGACGAAAAUGGUAAGAUUAUCGACGCCAAAUUCAAGACAUUUGGAUGCGGCUCAGCUAUUGCAUCCAGUUCGUUGGCAACGGAAUGGGUUAAGGGAAAAACAAUCGACGAAGCUGGCAAAUUGAAAAAUACCGAUAUUGCUAAGGAGCUUUCACUACCGCCAGUCAAAUUGCAUUGUUCUAUGUUGGCCGAAGAUGCUAUCAAAGCGGCUCUAGCUGACUACAAAAUAAAAAAGGAAAAAGCUUCGAAGGGAUAAUCGGCUGAAAUUUUUUUUUAAAGUGUUGUCGGUGGUGCGAAUGUAUGAAAGAAUUUUAUUUUUUUUUGAAGCGAGAUAACAACAUGAGAUAAUUAUACGACAAUAGAUUUAGUCAAAUUAAUCAAA